ACCCUGUUACAUCCAUUACAUCCAAUCCUACCCUCGACCAAAACAGAGUUGCAUGAUAAUUCGAGAGGUGGCCUGCCACACCGCCCCCACAGUUUCUCUCGUGGCUAUCUGCGCUUUCGCAGAGCCUCUCACGAUACUCGAAAUAUUCGAAUCAACAACGACUCGGGAAUUUUAACCCCGAGUCGAGCUGUUCGAUUUAUCGGUACGUGGGAAUAGGCUCGCGCAUCUGUUGCGUUGGACGUAUAUACAACAAUGUAUUCGUCAAUGCCCUCUAACUCAUACGACAAGGAGCAACGGCCGAGAGCUACGACUAGUGCCCGUUCUCAUACCCCCGAGACUGGCUACUCUUCAACAGCUCUCGCUCCUAACAUGCCACCCAACCAACGCUCCCACAGCAUUGGCGAUAUUUUCGGACCGGCGAUGGACGGACCACCUUCACCUGAGCGCAUCCGGGUGUUCAGCAAUCAUAUCAAGCGCAACUCGAAUACUGACAAGCACCGAAGUGAACUAACGAUGUCGUCGGGGUCGUCCUCGCGUCUCUCAGCAGCGUCGGAUAGGCAAUCGUGGAAUCAGAGCCGGGAGAGUCUUGGUUUGUCGAGGAAUCCAUCUCAGCGAUCUUCGUCUGCAGGUACACCAUCGCACGAACGACCUGAUAGCUUGCAGUUCUUUGGAAAGGGGAUCUUUCGUAAAGGAGGUAAACUUCGCAGAGGAAGUAGUGACCAAGGUGGCUCCACCACUUCGUUGGAUGCAGUCGAAGCAUCGAAUGAGUCUAAGGAACAGCACUUCAUCCAGUCCGUGUUCACGCGACGGAGAGCACUAAGAGGAGAACCCAGCGCGUCGACCCAGAAGAAGCUACAGAUCUCGGGGCCUUAUAACUUCCAACAUCUCACACAUACGCAUAAGGAUAGCCUCCCUGACCUAAGUCAAACGAACCGCCUAGAACUCGUAUCAGAAUUCUCAGCCAUGCAAGGACGACGACACACCGAGGCGUUUCUCGAGGGCAUCCCGAACGGGGAGUCACGAUACCCAAGCUACUCCUCUGAGACCUUCUAUCAUCAGGAAGACCCAUCAGUAGGGCUGAAUGCCGAUGGAGCACACUUACGAGCAUCACAACCGCCUCCGCUGCCGCCGAUACGAUUAACGAAGCGUUCUCAAUCGCAGGAUAAGAACCGUAUUCCACCGCCUCGCCCACCCAGGUCUCCAUUAGGAGAGAGUAGUAUGAUGCCUCUAGGACAACCAGUACAACUACCACCACAACAGGUACAUCUCCCUCCAAGGACGUCUAGUCGAACCUCGGCACGACACGAUAGGUUUGGUUCAUUGUCUGGGCCGUCUAUGGACCACCCGGGAACAAGCGUCAGCUUCCGAAACCCGCAACCGUUUGCUCCCAGCUCGCCAUCAAGGGCGCAAACCCCGCAUGUGCCACUCGUCUCACCUGUACUAGAAUCAGAAUAUGAAGAACCUUCGCCCAUGUCCAAGGCGCCUCAUGCUAUUACCACAUCGGAUGACGUCGCGUGGCCCUUGAGCAAUAGUAUAAGUUCCUUACCCGAUGUCCCAGAGGAGGAAGAGCACCAUGCAUCAUCUCGACCGUCCCGAUCCCGGAUGAGCGUCGCGAGCAACCACUCUUCUCUUAGGGGCAGUGUAUCGGUCCCACUACUUCGCCAGUUCUCCAUGAAGCGAACGACUAGCAAUGCCUCAGAUACCCUGGGCAAAUUUGAUUUUAGCUCGCAGCGCACAACACACGUCAACGUUCGUGAACAGUCGAUUGACGGUCUGGGUGGCGAUAGCUGGGAAGAUGACAUCGAUUAUUGUUACGAGCACGAAGCUGAGGCGAACUGUGACUACGCUUGGGAACGACCAUCAUGUGAUAUAGGAUAUUCACAAGAAGUACGAGGUCGGUCGUUGAGAGACCAAACCGAAACUGUCAUCACUUUUAAUCGUCUUUCGGAUGGGUUCCUGUCUCCUGGAGAUGUCCCCGUCUUGAGUCCAGCCAGCCAGAUAUCUAGCAUGACAGCUCAAGAAGCCUUGACACCGAAUCUAGCCCUUCCAGUAGCUUCCAACUUCUCGCUCCCACGACGAGAGAGUUCAGCACAACUCCUUCGCGAUAGCUCGCGUGCUCAGUCCCCCGAGCGUAACUUCAAGGAGGCUCAGGCUUUUGCCCUGUCGCCUUCGCUUCUUAUCCCGGACGAUUAUCACCAGCAGAUGCUUCGGUACGAGAGGGAAGAACUGGACGAUGAUAGCGAUGAUGAUGAAUUACUCAUUCAAGGAAAUACCCUUGACGAGCCUAUUAUCAAAUUCGGCAAGAACCUUAAGCCGUCGAACGUUCGUUCAAGCGCUUCGACCACCGACUCUAGGUAUUCGGAACACUCCAUGACUUCCAGCCGCCACAAGUCGACGACAUCGACCUCUACUGCCUUUACUCGAUGGACCGGUAGCAGCAUGUCUAGCUGGCAGCAAGGCCGCGACUCGACGCAGCAUAUCCUAUCAAAGCCCGUCAGCGAAACCGGGCCCGUCGUCAUCGUCUCGCCUACGCAGGCGACGAUGCCGAUGACGCCCAUGUCAGCUCCUAAAUUCGACGAGGAAAUCUCCCCGAAGCACGAGCCUAACCGCGACCGCGAGAAGCACGGAAGAACACAGUCGCACGCCGGCCUGCUCAUGAGGACGACCUAUGACGCCCCGCCCGCCGCGGAGCCGAAGCCAGCUGCAAAGGAACCGCCCAAGACCCGUAGGCGCGCCAGGACUACGAGCCGGAGCCACGCCGCCCCGCUCGCCCUCUUCCCAACUGUCACUCCUCUUCCCGGCGGCCGUAUCUGAUGGGCUAACAGGUAGCCAGCCACCUGGUGUCUAUCAGUUAUAUCUGUUUAUAUACCUAAUUUAUUGUACUCGAACCCACGCAUACCUACGAAACGCAACACUCUUUACGCCAUCUUCUUACUUGUAACCCAACACCGUCGGAUCAUCCGCCUCGGACAAAAGCUUUUCUUUGACUAUUGGUUUCGG